GUCCUCCUCCGCCGGGGCGCCCGCGCGGGGUCUGGUAGGCGACCUCGCGGCAUGAAACCGUGACAGGUUUGAAAGCACAAUGGCAGGAAACAGCCUUGUUCUCCCCAUCGUUCUUUGGGGCCGCAAAGCGCCAACACAUUGCAUCUCGGCAGUACUUUUAACCGACGAUGGGGCCACAAUUGUAACAGGAUGCCACGAUGGACAAAUAUGUCUCUGGGAUCUUUCGGUAGAACUAGAAGUUAAUCCUCGAGCACUGUUAUUUGGUCAUACAGCUUCAAUCACUUGUUUGUCUAAAGCUUGUGCUUCCAGCGACAAACAGUAUAUUGUGAGUGCAUCUGAAAGUGGAGAGAUGUGCCUCUGGGAUGUGAAUGAUGGCAGAUGUAUCGAAUUUACAAAAUUAGCCUGCACACAUACUGGCAUACAGUUCUACCAAUUCUCUGCUGGAAAUCAACGAGAAGGAAGGCUUUUGUGCCAUGGACAUUAUCCUGAAAUCCUCGUUGUGGAUGCUACCAGCCUUGAAGUAUUAUACUCCUUGGUGUCAAAGAUCUCCCCGGACUGGAUUAGUUCCAUGAGCAUCAUUCGAUCCCGCCGAACACAAGAGGACACGGUGGUAGCACUCUCGGUGACGGGCAUCUUAAAGGUGUGGAUCGUUACUUCUGAAAUAAGUGACAUGCAGGAUACUGAACCAAUAUUUGAGGAGGAGUCCAAACCAAUUUAUUGUCAGAAUUGCCAAAGCAUCUCUUUUUGUGCAUUCACACAGAGGUCACUUUUGGUUGUGUGUUCCAAAUAUUGGAGGGUAUUUGAUGCUGGAGACUAUUCCCUGUUGUGUUCAGGUCCUAGUGAAAAUGGACAGACAUGGACUGGAGGGGACUUUGUAUCAGCAGACAAAGUAAUCAUCUGGACUGAAAUUGGGCAAAGUUAUAUUUACAAACUACCUGCCAGUUGCCUUCCAGCUAGUGAUUCAUUCCGCAGUGAUGUGGGGAAAGCAGUGGAAAAUCUAAUUCCUCCCGUACAACAUAACCUCUUGGAUAGAAAAGAUAAAGAGUUGCUAAUUUGUCCUCCUGUUACUCGGUUCUUCUAUGGAUGCAGGGAAUAUUUACAUAAACUAUUAAUUCAGGGUGAUUCUUCUGGAAGAUUGAAUAUUUGGAACAUAUCAGACACACCUGAUAAACAGGAAGGUGAAGAAGGGCCGGCAGUGACGAUGUCCGUUAGUUUGCAAGAGGCAUUUAAUAAGCUGAGUCCUUGCCCUGCUGGGAUUAUAGAUCAACUGAGUGUGAUUCCCAGUAGCAAUGAACCUCUGAAAGUAACGGCAAGUGUGUACAUACCAGCACAUGGACGACUGGUUUGUGGCCGUGAAGACGGGAGCAUAGUUAUUGUACCUGCCACACAGACAGCCAUAGUACAGCUGCUGCAAGGGGAACACAUGCUCAGAAGAGGUUGGCCACCUCACAGAACACUCCGUGGUCAUCGGAACAAAGUCACAUGUUUGCUAUAUCCUCAUCAGGUCUCAGCUCGGUAUGAUCAAAGAUAUCUCAUAUCUGGAGGUGUGGAUUUUUCUGUCAUAAUUUGGGACAUAUUUUCUGGAGAAAUGAAACAUAUCUUCUGUGUUCAUGGUGGCGAGAUUACUCAACUUUUAGUUCCACCUGAAAACUGUAGUGCAAGAGUGCAGCACUGCAUCUGCUCUGUAGCCAGUGACCACUCAGUAGGACUUUUAAGUUUGCGGGAGAAAAAAUGCAUCAUGUUGGCAUCCCGUCACCUUUUCCCUAUUCAAGUCAUCAAAUGGAGGCCCUCUGAUGAUUACCUGGUAGUGGGAUGCUCAGAUGGCUCUGUGUACGUCUGGCAAAUGGAUACUGGUGCACUGGAUCGCUGUGUGAUGGGUAUAACAGCAGUAGAGAUUCUGAAUGCUUGUGAUGAAGCAGCUCCUGCUGCUGUUGACUCACUUAGUCAUCCGGCAGUCAACCUAAAGCAAGCCAUGACAAGACGGAGUCUUGCGGCUCUUAAAAACAUGGCCCACCAUAAGCUACAAACCCUUGCCACUAAUCUCUUGGCUUCGGAGGCAUCUGACAAGGGGAAUUUACCUAAAUAUUCUCAUAACUCUCUGAUGGUUCAAGCAAUAAAGACAAACCUAACAGACCCGGACAUACAUGUGCUUUUCUUUGAUGUGGAAGCACUGAUUAUUCAACUCCUGACUGAAGAAGCCUCUAGGCCGAAUACGGCACUUAUUUCCCCAGAGAAUUUGCAAAAAGCAUCUGGCAGUUCAGACAAAGGGAGCUCUUUUCUAACUGGCAAACGAGCAGCCGUUCUCUUCCAACAAGUGAAAGAGACCAUCAAAGAGAACAUAAAGGAACACCUUCUUGAUGACGAAGAGGAGGAUGAGGAGACGAUGAGGCAGAGGAGGGAAGAAGGUGACCCUGAGUAUCGGGCCAGCAAAUCGAAACCCUUGACUCUCUUAGAAUAUAAUUUAACUAUGGACACUGCAAAGUUGUUUAUGUCCUGCCUUCAUGCCUGGGGUUUGAAUGAAGUCCUGGAUGAAGUUUGUCUUGAUCGCCUUGGAAUGCUGAAACCCCAUUGCACCGUGUCAUUUGGUCUGUUGUCGAGAGGCGGCCAUAUGUCACUGAUGCUUCCUGGUUAUAAUCAGCCUACUUGUAAGCUGUCACAUGGGAGAACAGAAGCAGGAGGGAAGCUGCCAGCAACUGAGGGAGUAGGAAAGGGAACUUACGGAGUGUCCCGAGCCGUCACCACACAGCAUCUUCUGUCUAUCAUUUCUUUGGCAAAUACUCUAAUGAGUAUGACCAAUGCAACUUUUAUUGGUGAUCAUAUGAAGAAGGGCCCUACCAGGCCACCUAGACCAAGCACCCCAGACCUUUCUAAGGCAAGGGUUUCCCCUCCAACUUCCAGUAAUGUUGUGCAAGGACAGAUUAAACAAGUCGCUGCACCUGUUGUUUCCGCUCGGUCUGAUGCUGAUCGCUCUGGCUCUGACCCUGCUUCUGUUCCUGCUUUACAUACCUGUUUCUUAGUCAAUGAAGGGUGGAGCCAGUUGGCUGCUAUGCACUGCGUUAUGCUGCCAGAUCUGCUGGGACUGGAGAGAUUCAGGCCUCCCCUUCUAGAGAUGCUGGCCCGAAGAUGGCAAGAUCGGUGCUUGGAGGUUCGAGAAGCUGCACAGGCCCUGCUACUGGCGGAACUGAGAAGAAUUGAGCAGGCAGGCCGGAAAGAAGCCAUUGAUGCCUGGGCUCCUUACUUGCCUCAGUACAUGGAUCACGUCAUAUCACGUAAGCACACUCAUACUUUUCUACAAAGCUUUGCAGAAAAAAGAACCUGA